AUGGGAUUUGCUACAGCUUCGGAGGCACGACCCAAUUCGGCCUACAACAAGGGUAAAGCCAGUAUAGUCGAGCACCAGUGGUCUCACUUAAAGGAUUCAAAGGUCGCAUUUGGCGCAGGAGAUAUUCAAGCUUGGUUGAGGUUUUUCGAAAAUCUAAACAGUUCUUAUCUAUAUGUGUUUAAGUAUGUUUUUGAGAUUCUAAAUGGAACCCCACAGAAAGAGCCACCGAGAAUUAACGAGAAAAUCGCGGCCGACGAAGAGGCCCUAGAGGAGAACUAUAAAUGUGCAGAGACAAGUCGAUACACUUUUCUCUUGGGGCUCGGCUGAUGUCAAUUACUAUUGCUUCUCAGAAAAAAGCUGGAUGGAUCUCAAGUAAUUGACACUUUAUAGAUUACUGCAGAUUGAUGGCCAUAAUUAUCCUGAGACACUCCAUCCAAUGUUUAUCGUUAAUGCUGGUCCAGGUUUCGGGCUACUGUGGAAUACCGGGAAGAAUUUUAUAGACCCAAAAACCACUAAGAUUCAUGUAUUAAAACCCCAUAAGACGUCACAAUUGUUUUUGGAAAAGUUCUAGUGUACUUUCUCGACUGCUCCAUUUUGUAUAUUUUUGUAACCUGUCACAGGUUAUUGGAAAUAAAUACCAGAACAAGU